AAGCAAGGAAAGGUGGAGAGAAUCUAGAAAUGCCCAUUUCUUUUCAUUUCCUCAAAAACCCAGAAAUUAUUAAAUUGGAAAAGAAAUCAUAGGGAGAGAGAGGAGAGAGAGAGAGAGAGGAAGAAAAGGCAUAGAAUUAAAAGAGACCGGAUGUUGACAAAUAUAAUGUCACUGUUCUUAGAAGGUCGUUUUUUUGUGUGUGAAGAUUUCUUAUCUGGGAUCUCUCUCUCUAAAAAAAACUCUUUGGUUCUCUCUCUAAAAACUUCCUUUCUUUCAGAGACUGGCCCAGCAGAUCGAAAUCUCCAUCUUUUCUUCUAUCUGAUGACGAUCUAAGCUCCUCCAGAUUGUGUUACCAAAGUACCCACUUUGUUGCUUCUCUGUAUUUAUUAUGUGAUUGUUCUUUUUUGCUCAUAUUGUCCUUGCUGGUGCCAGUCUGAGAAUAUAAAUGUCCAUGUUCUUAGUUAUUGAGUAUUGGAGGUACUACUUCUCAUGACUUGAAUCCAUGGGUGGUUCUUAAGGAGAGGUGAUUGCAGGAUGUGGGUCUGAGAUUAUAUUCCAUAGUUAUUGGUGUUCUUCAACUUACCAACGCCGGCCACCGCACUCCACGGGAAUGGGAACAAAAGUGCAUUGUAAAAGCUACUUGCCGGCAUAUUACUCCAUGAGGAAUCAUGAUGACAAUUCUAACAGUAGCAGCUGGCACCUCUUUCAUGGAGAUAAAACCUUAGCAAAUGGGCAGUUUUACAACAGUUUCUUCCCAUGGAGUGUCGCAGACGCGUAUCCAUCACACGAUAAGGUUGCAUUAAAGCAGAAAAUGCUUGAGCAUGAGGCGAUAUUCAAGAAUCAGGUUUAUGAACUCCACCGCCUCUACAAAAUACAGAGGGACAUGAUGGAUGAAAUUAAGAAAAGGGAAGCACAUAAACAGUGGAUAUCAAUUGAUACAUCGUCUUCGUCAACCCCAUUGCCAUCUCAAAUGCCAUCUGAAGAAGUUCAGAAAUGGCAUAUCACUAGUUUCCCGUUGGCGAGCUCUGUUUCUGCUAGACAAUCUGUUUCAGGGGCUGAGAUUAUUAAUUCUCCUGUGAGUUGUACCAAAGGGGAUGGGAUGCAAACUGGUCCAAGUCCUUCCCAAAAUGGAUGCAGUUCAAAAGAUUGUGAGGUGUUGGAAUCCAGACCCUCAAAAGUGAGGAAAAAGUUGUUUAAUCUUCAACUUCCAGCAGAUGAGUACAUUGAUACCGAAGAAGGAGAACAGUCCCUAGACAAUAAGACGUCUUACAUUUUGAGUUAUUCACCGAAUACAAAUCAUAAUGUUGCACAUGAGAGUGGAGUAAAGUUGUUUCUUGGUGCUGAGGUGAAGAAUGAUUGCCAAGUAGAUGCUUCAAGAUCUGGUUCCUGUUUAAGGAGAUCUAUUGGGUUGGCUGACUUGAACGAACCACUUCAGCUUGAAGAAGCAAGUGUUCCAGCAUCUGUUGAUUUUCUAGGUCGUGCUGCCAGCCAUGGAGAGAUAAAUGGUCUGGAUCUGUCUUCUAAACCAAAAUCACAGUUAAUUUUGAAUAACUCCCAACAUGGAAACAACAAUGGGACUUUGAGCAAUAUAUCUAUUGAGAACAAAGGAAACGGGAGAGAGUGGUUCUCCCAUAUGUAUGAAGAAGGCCUCAGUAAAGGCUAUCUGAAUCCAAUCCAUCAAGGUCUCCAACCUGAUAAGUUGCCUCUACCUACCCAGCCAAUGCAUAUUAUGCCUGACAAAGCUUUUCAACCUGCAGGAACUCUUUCUAGUCAUUAUAGCAGGGGGGAUCUGCGGAGAGAUGGCACAGUUCAUCGUUUAGAAAUCUCUGAAAGAAGUUGUGAUGUUUCUAAUUUUAGCCAUCUGGACCCGGCUGUGGCUUCUCCUAUACCCGGUCCUUAUCAAUUUGUUAAUUCCUGUGAUUUGGCGAAUGCUCGGUCUUCCUCUGUCUCAUCGUGCAGAAAUCCAAGUAGUAGCUUUACCCAGAAGUUAACAUCAAUUCAAAAACUCCCAUCUUUUAACUCGUCUGUGACCUUGAGUAGGAGUUCUCAGUCAUCUGCUCAGAGCCAUGAGAUUUUUGGAAACAAAUGGCUACUUAAUAGCAGUUCCAUGUCAAAUCAUGGUCUUGGAUGUGAUCUACCUAACCGGAAUGGGUUUUACCAUGGAUCCUCAUCAGGGUCCAAGGAAGUACCAGCUUGCAUCCCUUCAGUUGGCUUUGAUUAUCUAAAGUUUUGUAAGAAUGAUAAUAUGGGCUCUGAACGGUCAAUUAAUUAUGGUUCUGGAAGUUUCUUCAAGGGCUCAAAUGUUAUAGAUUUGAAUUCUAGGAAAGGCAUGAACUUGAAUGUGUCCCUUUCAAAAAGUUCAUCUAACAUGGUGGCUUCCCAGGAUGCUCUUGAGAUCAUAGAUGGAGAAGGGAAGCAUGAAGACCAUCUAGGAGCAGCGUUGCCUUGGCUUAGAGCUAAGCCUGCUUCUAAGAGCGAGACUAUCAAUAUGAGGAGGGAUUCAAACUCGGUAGAAAUGAGUUUCUUCCAAACUUCUUCUAACCAGUUGUCCAUCAAAACUGAAAAAGAUAAAGGUCCCAAUCAAAUUUUUACCCAGAAUCUUACAUCAGCUUCAUGCGACCACAAUGUUGGGGCCAAUAGGGACGAGAUUGGUGACAGCCUUGGAAACAGAAAGAUACUUGGGUUUCCUAUUUCUGUAAAUCCUUGUACUUCUCGGAAUGAGUCUUCUUCUCAUGGCUCCACCUCGGCAUCCCUUCGUAGCCGUCUUCAUGGAAAUGGAGAAAUUGAUAUAAAUGUGGCUUUUGACCUUCUGAUUCCUGAGACUAGCAAGCAGAGUUCUGCAGAAAUUCUGGUUGAAGACAAGGAAAUGGGUACAAAAGUUUCUAUUUUCAGAAAUCACAUUGAUUUGAAUUUGUCUGCGAGUGUGGAUGAAGUUUUUUUAGCACCCUCUGUUGCAAACACCAGUGCUAAUGUUAAGCUUGCAUUGGAGAUAGAUCUGGAAGCCCCCGUAGUUCCAGAAAUUGAGGAAGAUUUUCUCCAUGGGGAAGAACAAAAGCAACCUGAGACACCCUUACGCUCGCCACAACAUAAAGCUGAAAACCCAGAGCAUGAAAUUGUCAGGAUUGCAGCAGAGGCUAUAGUUUCCAUCUCAUCAUCUGCUCAUCAGAAUCACACAGAGGACACUGCUUGCCACCCAUCUGAAGCUUCUUUGGCAGACUCUCUCCUGUGGUUUGUGGACGUAGUUUCUUCUUGUGCAGAUGAUCUCGAAAACAUUCUUGGCAGUGAAUCAAGGGGCAAAAAUGGUGGAGAAAAUGAGCAAUCUUCCUCCAAUGAGAUUGAUGACUUUGAGGCCAUGACAUUGAAACUGACAGAGAUCAAGGAAGAAGAGUAUAUGCCUAUGCCUCUGGUUCCCGAAACCAGAGAAGUGGAAGGAACAGGAGUCACUUCUGUAACUAGUCGAUCCCAGAAAGGCCAGGCCAGGAGAGGGAGGCAACGGAGAGACUUUCAGAGAGACAUUCUUCCAGGCCUUGCUUCUUUGUCAAGGCAUGAGGUCACCGAGGAUCUUCAGACAUUUGGAGGGCUGAUGCGAGCUACAGGCCAUCCAUGGCAUUCUGGAUCAACGAGAAGGAGUUGCACCAGAAAUGGCGGUGGUAGGGGAAGGAGGCGGUCAUUGGUUGACUCUACCCCUGCUGUGGCAGCAGGCACAAUUUGCACCCCGCUGAUGCAGCAGCUUAAUAACAUUGAAGUGGGACUGGAGGAUAGAAGCCUUACAGGGUGGGGGAAGACAACCAGGCGCCCCCGCCGGCAAAGAUGCCCCCCAGGUAAUCCUUCGUCUGUCCAUUUAACAUAAUUGUGGGAGAGGCUUGCUAAUUGAGAUUUCAUAGCGCAGCGUGGGGAAGUAGAGAACUGCUUUAAUGGCUAUUGGAGUAAGGUGGUUGUUAGAUAUGGUGUUUGCUUUUGUACAUGCCUUAAAUCAUAACUUGGGUCCCGGUGGCUGUUUGUCAUUUGGUCACCAUUGCGCGAUUUCUUCCGUGUUUGAGCAUUGUUGUUUCAGUCUAUGAAGUAAUUCUCUCAUAAUCUGAAGUGCCAUGAUAAUUUGUCUCUAGUGUAGUAGAUAGGAGGGACAUCAUUUUUAUCUUAGAGAUUGUACAAUAGUGAGUUUUUUUUUUCUUUCCCAAUUUUCUUCAAUAAAAUUGUUAAAGAUGAAGUUAGUGUA